AUGGUGGUGAAGCCGGACACGAUGUCAGUUAUGCGCGAGAUCAUGAAACAAUGCGGCAAAUUCGACGAGGAAUUGGCGGUGCGAGAAAAGAGCAUGAGCCAAAGAGAGGUAGAUGAUGAUGCUGCAGGCAAUAGCGGUAAAGCGGAGUUAAUACUCGGCCUUCUCGAGGACACACAGGAAUGGACUGAACAACAGCUUGAAGGGUUGCGCCACCAGCAGGAGUAG